GUUCAACACUCUAAUCUCUCGAUGCUGUUCAAUCGUCGGGAGCAGAUUCAAUCACGACUCCGCUCAAAUGAAACCGCUCAAGCGAAAACUGCCCCCUCAUGAUGAGAAUCCAACUCGAUUGCUACAGCCUCUCACACCGCGACAUAAGCGACCGUCGCCGCUUCUAGCGGUGCGCCGCUCUGCGGAGGUCGUAACAACAUCAUCACCCGCGACGCCAUCCGAAGUGCCCAGCUCACCAGAGAGAGAUCCCUACGAGCUGGGCGAGGUUCUCUUCGGUAUACUCAAGGACAUUCAGGUGCUUCUAAAAUGGGAGCCCAAGUCUACCGACGAACCUACCAAAAUUCCGGCCAAGAUCGUCCACACUGGAGAGAAUGUUCGCGAAUUCACUCUUGAUUUCAGUGCCGAACAUUGUCUUGUCCGACUUAACACCGGUGGUGCUGUGGGAGUGUUAGAAGCUAGGGCAUUGAAUGCCCUUGGCGCUCUGGUCGAGGAUACCUCCCCAGUCAGAUUUGAGGCCUCCAUGCCAGAGUCAGAAUGGCAAGAUAUCGCAUCUUCCAUGGCCAACCACAUUCGCAAGGCGAAGCCGAUUACUAUUCAAAUCGACGUCAUCGGUCCGCGAUACAAAGCUGAGGUGGUUUCGCGGACCCUUGGGGUCGCGAAGCUGUUUUUGCAAAGUCCUGCUGGAUGGGGUGUCCUGCCUUAUGAAAAUCCACAGUGCUUGAAUUUACCACUUCCAGUCUCUCGGAAGAAUUUCCAUGACGGGAAUGGGAUUCUUCAUCUGCAUCAGGAUAAUAAACAGGGCGGUUGCGAUUCCGAUGGGCAAGAUGAUACUAAUGAAGAGACCAUCUCGUUAGACCCAGUGAAGAUCUUGAACGGGAUCAAUCAAUACGAGUUCUCAGGACUCGUGGAUAUUGACUCCCGAAUAACAACAGAAUUACAUCUAUAUCAGAAGAAAGGUGUUGAGUUUAUCUCCAGACGUGAGUCUGGUCAAUCGCUACCGAAUCAGACAUUAUGGGAGCCACUUAACCCCGAACAGAACACGAUUGGUUACCGGCACGCCAUCACCGGUGCAAAAAGUCGAACAGAAGAGGACAGCCCUGGAGGCAUUCUUGCCGAUGAUAUGGGCUUGGGGAAGACUUUGAUGAUGAUAGCAGCGAUUCUCGGUUCAAAGGAUCGUGCUCAAGAAUACAUGAGCCAAAAUGACGCUGGACCUGUUCAUGAUUUGAAGCACCAACAUCGUCCAAUCAUUCCCACGAAGUCAACAUUGAUUGUGGUUCUGUCAGAGCUUCUUCUUGCCAAUUGGGUAAAACAGAUAGAAAGUCACACAUCCUGGGGUACGAUCAAAUACUACAAGUAUCAUGGAAGAGAACGGACUGACGACCCUUCUCUAUUUGGAAAGUAUGAUAUUGUUCUAACAACGUAUGGGACUGUUGCUGCAGAUUUCAGGAAGCGAAGGGGGACACUGAACAGCGCUCGAUGGUAUCGGACCGUCCUGGAUGAAGCUCACACGAUACGUAAUUGGUCGACCAAGCAAUUCUCCGCAGUUAAUGAUAUCCCAGCUCAUAUCAGAUGGUGCAUGACCGGAACACCGAUUCAAAACGGACUCGAGGACUUGGGGUCACUAGUACGGUUUCUGAGAGUGCCCGUCCUAGAAGACAUUGGCACCUUUAGAAGACACAUCUGUGCCGGGCCUGGGUCAACGAGAACACUGAAGCAGAAUCUCCCGAAUCUUCAUCUCCUGCUGCGCUCCAUUUGUCUCCAGAGAACACAGGACCUCCUGGGAUUACGUUCAACCACGAAAAUCUUCAGACUCGACUUCUUGGAAAACGAAAGAAGCGAAUACCUAGCUAUGGAGGCGGUGUGUAGAACAGCGAUUGACAUGGCAGUCAACUCCAAGGCAUCGCAUCAAAACGUACUGGAGAAGCUUCUCCGUCUUCGCGAGUUCUGCAACGGCAUUACGGCCAUCACCUCGGAUGGCCCAGAUGCAUUGUUUAGCAUCAUGGAACAGUCGGGUGAAAUCCGAUGUGCAUACUGCACUGCUGAAAUAACGAGUCCAGACGCAGUUGAUGGGAGACUUGUUCAACUAACCGAGUGUGGUCGAUUUAUUUGCACUGACAUAUCUUGCACUCUGGCAUACCAAACUGAAACCGAGAGCGUUUGCCUGGUCUGCAAGGUACCGCACAGGAAGUUCAAUCUGUUGACCUCAAGUGAGGACCCAAUUCCCGUUCGAGAAUCACCUCGAUCAUACCCAUCUAAGCUCCUGCACCUCUUAGAUGAUGUCAAGUUGCACAUGGGUCAAGAGAAAUGCAUUGUCUUUUCAGUAUGGAAGCGAACUCUCAACUUGGUCGAGGCUCUGUUCACCGAGAAUGGAAUCAAAUAUUGUCGAGUGGAUGGCUCAAUAUCUACGACAACCAGGCGCAAGAAAAUUCUUCUCGACUUUCAGGAGCAAGAUGACAUACGAGUUUUGUUAAUGACUCUUGGAACCGGAGCGGUGGGGCUUAAUGACCUCUCCGUUGCUAGCCGCGUGCACCUUAUUGAGCCACAAUGGAACCCGUCUGUAGAGCGCCAGGCAAUUGGCCGAGUGAUACGACUAGGCCAAGAACGAGAAGUAAACAUCCUUCGUUAUAUUAUGAAAGGUUCAAUUGAAGAGUUGGUAGAAAAGAGGCAAAUACAAAAGCUUCAAUUAGCAUCCGGGGGUUUCAACCUCUCCCAGUUGGCCAAGGACAUGGAUGCUCUAUAAAGGAUUUGAUGGGACACCUAUGAUAACAAUUAAGAUAUGUUGAAUGGAGUCACGGAAUGCAUGACGGGACGUGUCUUAAAGUGGGCGUGGAACAGGUCCGACAACCCGGCCAGUUUAUAUUGAGUCAGCUUUAAAAAUAAU